AUGGCGAAGGCGUUGGGCAUAGUGGCUCUACUAUUGACGAUUAUUGCAGUAGAUACACUGACACUCGCAGUCCCUGUGGAUGCUCGCAAACAUGUGCGUGUCAUAAAUGAGUUGGGUAAUGAGAUUCUUCUCUAUGUCCAUUGUAAAUCAGGGGAUGAUGAUCUUGGCCUGCAUAUUCUUGAGUAUGAACAGUAUCAAGAAUGGUCUUUCAAGAAUAACUUAAGCGGUACAACUCUCUUUUGGUGCUCCUUGCGAUGGAACGAUGAACAGCAGAACAUUGAAGUUUAUAAUUACAGAAAAGAUAAUAAAUAUUGUAGUUCCAAAUGCUGGCGAAGUAUUAAAAAGGAUGGAGCAUAUUUCUAUAUAGAAACUUUGGACCACUGGGAGCGGAAAUACUGGUUGUGGAGGUAG